UUUUAGCGUCACACGAAGAAGAAGGAGGCGUUUAUUCUUCCGGUUUCUGUUACGUUGUUUUGGUCACACAUCUUAAAGCCAGUCAACGUUAAUCCAAUAAACUUAGAGUUUGAUCGUCUUUUAAUGCUGCGCACGACAUGGCUGUAGCAAUGAGCUCCACCUGUCCAGGGCUGUACUGCGGGAGGACCUUCAUAAAUCAGUCUUUUGAAGGACAAUGUGGGGUUUGUCCUCGUGGCCAGAGAACAAACUUUGAAAAGAUAUGUGUGAAAUGCACCGGAUCUCCUGAGCUGUAUGACUGGCUGUACCUGGGCUUCAUGGCGAUGCUGCCUCUGGUCCUACACUGGUUUUUCAUUGAGUGGUAUUCUGGGAAGAAAAGUUCUAGUGCCCUUUUCCAGCAUAUUACCGCCCUCUUUGAGUGCACGGCUGCUGCUAUAGUGACUCUGCUUCUCAACGAUCCUGUCGGCUCCCUGUAUAUUCGUUCCUGCGAGGUUAAGAUGCUUUCUGAUUGGUACACCAUGCUAUAUAACCCCAGUCCUGACUAUGUCACCACUCUGCACUGCACGCAGGAGGCUGUGUUCCCUCUGUACACCAUCGUGUUGAUCUACUACGCCUUCUGUCUGGUUUUUAUGAUGCUUCUGCGACCACUUCUGGUUAAAAAGAUUGCGUGCGGUUUGGGCAAGACCGAUCGUUUCAAGAGCAUCUACGCAGCGUUGUACUUCUUCCCCAUCCUCACGGUCCUGCAGGCGGUUGGAGGAGGACUUCUUUAUUAUGCAUUUCCAUAUAUUAUUUUGGUCUUAUCGUUGGUCACGUUGGCAGUUUACAUGUCAGCUUCGGAGAUUCAGUCUUUCAAAAACCUUGUGGCUAAGAAGAAACGCCUCGUGGUUCUCUUCAGCCAUUGGCUCCUUCAUGCAUACGGUAUCAUUUCUAUAUCCCGACUGGAUAAACUGGGGCAGGAUUUGCCGUUGUUGGCUCUGGUGCCUGGACCUGCUCUCUUCUACCUGCUGACGGCCAGGUUCACAGAGCCAAACAGAAUUCUGUCAGAGGGUGGAAAUGGACACUAAUGAAUCACCUCCAUCAAACUCACAUGUUAGAGACUUUCAAUAUAAUGACACCUUUGGGACAGACACCAAAGAGCCAUAAACAGAACAUUUAGUCAUAUUGCUUGUGAUAUAGUAUGAUGCCAUAAAGUUUUCUUUAUGUCUAUUUGUUUGCUUGAAUUGAACAGAGAUCAAAUAACAUACUUUGUAAAGAAUGUUCUUUUACUUACUGGUUUUCUUUAAAUCCUGAAAGCGAAGUAGUAGUCAAUGUUUCUGUAAAUUUAUGGUAACUUAAGUAUAUAUUAUUCAUUUAGGUUUUGAUACUUUUUGUGAUUUUUAUCUGUUGUCAAGAAUAGAAACAAAUCAACAAUCGGUCUUAAUGUACAAUGUAUUUUUUGUGUUCUAUAUGAGACAGCUGGCCUGUGAAUUUCCUGAGAGCCCUGAAAUAAUGUUAACCAAUUUCAUAUGACAAACCUUUUUGUGCCAAAUACAAUUGUAUGUAUGUAUUUAUUCCCAUGCAUGUUAAAUGAUAAAAGCUUAACACUAUAAAAGCUAUGCUGGCAAUGACAAAUUUGCAUGUGGAAUUAUGAUUGUUUUGCUGCGAUGUAAUUCUACAUGCAGCUUGACCAAUGAUUUCUUUUAAGCAUGUAUAUUUAUUAUGUAUAAGUUCAACAGUGACGUAUGGAAUGUAAACUGAUUAGAGAUAUUAAUGUUUUAGAGUUUUAUUCAACGUGAUGUUUUACAUGGUGUGUUACAUCCAUGGCCAUCAGAUCUAUGAAAAUGAAUGUUUGUCAUCUGUGUUUGACUUGAUGAAUAAAUUAUUGUGCUCAUUG